AUGGCCCCUUCUCGUUACGUUGGCAUACUGGCGCUUGUUGCGGGAUGCCUUCUGCCUCCUGGUGUCUUGGCUCUCUGGCCCAUCCCAACUACACUCGAGACAGGGACGACUGCCCUCACGGUUUCCUCUUUCUUCUACUUUGAUGUGCAGGUCGAAGGCGCGCCGGAGGAUUUGUACGAGGCAGUCGCGCAAGCACAAUACUAUCUUGCAAAUGACAAAUUUGGACGUCUUGUCGUUGGCCGCGGCGCAAAUGAUACUACCGCCCUUGUCAGCGCGCCGACGCUUUCGACGUUAACGCUGUCUCUCACGAGCUCAGCUACUGCAGAGCCUAUUGCUUCUGAAGCUGUGAAGCCCCUGGGCACCCGUAGCGAAGAGUACGCGUUGACAAUCCCAGCAGAUGGCUCGGCUGCUACUUUGACGGCGAACUCGACGUUGGGUCUGUACAGAGGGCUCACUACCUUCAAUCAGCUUUUCUACUACUACGCUGGAGUAACCUACACAUUGAUUGCCCCAAUUGCUAUUACGGACACUCCUGCAUAUCCUUUCCGAGGAUUUGCGCUGGAUACCGCGAGGAACUACUACCCCGUUAGCGACAUUCUGCGAACUUUGGACGCAAUGAGCUGGAUUAACACCUUCCAUUGGCAUAUCACAGAUAGUCAGAGUUUCCCGCUUGAAGUUGCGCAGUAUCCCGGGCUUGCUAUCAAUGGUGCAUACUCUCCGCAAGAAGUUUACACCGCGAGUGAUGUCCAAUACAUCGUUCAGUAUGCUGGUGCAAGAGGUAUCGACGUUCUGAUGGAAAUCGACACACCUGGCCACACUUCCAUAAUUGCGGCCACUUACCCGGACUACAUUGCGUGCUUUGAUGAAACUCCGUGGGCCACAUAUGCCAACGAGCCUCCCGCCGGCCAGCUUCGUUUCGCGCUCCCCGAGGUUGUGAACUUCACUGCUUCAUUACUUGCCGACGUUGCGAAGAACCUGCCUUCGUCCUACUUCAGCACUGGGGGCGAUGAACUGAAUACGGAGUGUUAUACCAACGACUAUCCCACGCAGCUACAGCUCAAUAGCACCGGCACGACGUUGAACGAUGCUCUGAACACAUUUACGGAGGUGACACAUGCCGCACUUAUUGCCGAGGGAAAGACGCCAAUCGUAUGGGAAGAGAUGGUCCUCGACUGGAACAUUACACUCUCCAAUGAGACUAUCGUGAUGGUUUGGAUUUCUUCCGCGGAUGCUGCAGCAGUGGUAGAAAAAGGUUUCAGGAUCGUCCAAGCACCAUCUAAUUACUUCUACCUGGAUUGUGGUGCUGGUGGAUGGGUGGGAGCCGACCCAUCUGGAGAUAGCUGGUGUGACCCCUUCAAGACCUGGUCUGAGGCAUACACCUUCGAUCCCUUGGCAAACUUAACAGAGGCACAGUACGAACUCGUUCUUGGAGGCGAGCAACUUUUGUGGAGUGAGCAGUCUGGUCCCCAAAAUCUCGACCCUAUCGUGUGGCCCCGUGCUGCAUCUUCAGCAGAGAUUUUCUGGAGCGGUCAACAACCCACAGGCGCUCCGUUGAACGUCACAGAGGCACUACCUCGCUUGCAAGACCUCCGCUACAGGAUGGUACAGCGCGGGCUCAAACCCAUCCAUCUUCAGCCUUAUUGGUGUGCGCUCAGGCCUGACGCAUGCGACCUGACAGCUUGAGGGUUAGAACUUCUUGCUAGAUCUACUUGAUUUUCACGAACAAUCAAAGAACGUUACAACAAUGUCUGAAUUUAGAAUGCGACAUUGCGUCAGGUACUAAAGGUCAGGACGCUUUCUCGGAUGUGUAGACGGACGGUGCGUUCGGCCGGCCAUUCAAACUUCACCCACUCCAAUGUGCCCGUAAUAGUCAUGUUAGCUAGAGAAAUUGCGUGAGUAAAGAAAGAAAACGAG